AACAUGUGUGAUGAAGCAAUCAUUUUUCAACACUAGUCACUCCUUUCCCUAAAGGUCAUCCUUUUCUAUCUUCAUUUUCUCCACACAUUUCAUUCCUUUUUGUACACCCAAACCUCAAUCUCAUCCUUAUGCCAAAACUUCAUACUCUAAACCCACUAAAAUCUUCUCUUCCCAUUGCACUUGCUGGUGCCAAUGGAGGGUACCCUCUUCCCCAAUCGACCAGUUUUACCUGCUCCUGCAACAAGACCAAUCCAACAGCCUUCAAAAUUCAAGCCAAAUUUUUUACCUCCACAAUCGCCACCACCACCUCCUCCUUCUUUCCAAUUGGAUUCACUUCUCCAACAUCUUCAGCAUCUCUCUUCAGUCCCCAUCACCACUCCCACGCUCACCCUUGUGCCUCCUUCCAAGGAUAACACCACCCAUUUUAACAACUCCCUUCAUUCAAAGCAAAAGCAACCCUCUUUAGCUUCUGACCCCGUUGUUGAACAGGACCAGCUUGAUGGUGCAAAGUUUGGAUUUUUAUCUGACAAGGGUAAGUUGUUGCUCAAUUCGAUUGUUGGGUCACCUUUGCACGAAUUGAAUGGUUUUUUCAACUCUGUUGAGUUUGAGUUGCUUGAGGUUGAUUUUCUCAGCCUGUUGAAAGCUUUGGACCUUUCUGGGAACUGGGAGAGGGCUCUUUUGCUGUUUGAAUGGGGUUGGUUGCAUUUUGGGAGUGAACAAAAUUUGAGGUUGGACAAUCAGGUUGUUGAAUUGAUGGUUCGGAUAUUGGGGAGAGAGUCACAGCAUUCUAUUGCAUCCAAGUUGUUUGAUUUAAUUCCUGUGGAGCAAUACUCACUUGAUGUCCGGGCUUACACCACUGUUCUUCAUGCUUAUGCUCGCACUGGCAAGUAUAAACGGGCAAUUGAGUUGUUUGAAAAGAUGAAUGAGUUCGGUCUUGAUCCAACUUUGGUCACUUACAAUGUUAUGCUUGAUGUUUAUGGCAAGAUGGGUCGUUCGUGGAGUAGAAUCUUGGAGUUGUUGGAUGAGAUGAGGAGUAAAGGGCUUGAGUUUGAUGAGUUUACUUGCAGUACUGUGAUUUCUGCUUGUGGGAGAGAGGGUAUGCUAGAUGAAGCUAGGAAAUUUUUCGCUGAAUUGAAAUUGAAUGGCUAUAAACCAGGAACUGUUACGUAUAAUGCUAUGCUGCAGGUUUUUGGAAAGGCUGGAAUAUACACCGAGGCUUUGAGCAUCUUGAAAGAAAUGGAGGAUAAUAAUUGUCCUCCUGAUUCUGUCACUUACAAUGAGCUCGCGGCAACAUAUGUAAGAGCUGGGUUUCUCGACCAAGGGAAGGCUGUGAUUGAUACAAUGACAAGCAAAGGGGUAAUGCCAAAUGCUAUUACGUAUACAACUGUAAUAGAUGCCCAUGGUAAGGCGGGAAGGGAGGAUGAGGCAUUGAGGUUGUUCAGCCAGAUGAAGGACUUGGGUUGUGCUCCUAAUGUAUACACUUACAACUCUGUUCUUGCCAUGCUAGGCAAGAAGUCAAGAACAGAAGAUCUCAUUAAUGUUCUCUCUGAGAUGAAAUUGAAUGGAUGUGCUCCUAAUCGCGCUACGUGGAACACAAUGCUUGCUGUAUGCAGUGAGGAGGGUAAGCACAAUCAUGUUAAUAGGGUCUUGAGGGAAAUGAAAAACUCUGGAUUUGAGCCUGACAAAGACACAUUCAAUACAUUGAUCAGUGCAUAUGCUCGGUGCGGAUCUGAAGUUGAUUCUGCAAAAAUGUAUGGGGAAAUGAUUAAAGCAGGAUUUACACCAUGUGUAACAACUUAUAAUUCUCUUCUAAAUGCCCUUGCUCGGCUAGGCAAUUGGAAAGCAGCAGAAUCAGUCAUUAUGGACAUGCGGGGUAAGGGCUUCAAGCCUAAUGAGACUUCAUACUCACUGUUGCUCCAUUGUUACUCCAAGGCUGGGAAUGUCAAGGGGAUAGAGGCCAUUGAGAAGGAAAUUUAUGAUGGUCAUGUCUUUCCUAGUUGGAUUCUUUUGAGAACCCUUAUCCUGUCAAACCACAAGUGCAGACACCUUAGGGGAAUGGAAAGGGCAUUUGAUCAAUUGCACAAGUAUGGAUACAAACCUGAUUUGGUUGUCAUUAACUCCAUGCUUUCAAUGUUUUCCCGGAACAAGAUGUUUUCAAAGGCCCAUGAAAUGAUGCAUUUUAUUCAUGAAAAUGGAUUGCAGCCAAAUCUUUUCACCUACAACUGCUUGAUGGAUCUGUAUGUCCGAGAGGGUGAGUGUUGGAAAGCAGAAGAAAUACUCAAGGGAAUUCAAAACUCUGGUCCAGAGCCAGAUGUUGUGUCUUAUAAUACUGUUAUCAAGGGGUUUUGUAGAAAAGGGCUAAUGCAGGAGGCUAUUAGAGUUCUCUCAGAGAUGACCACUAAAGGGAUUCAACCAACAAUAGUUUCAUACAAUACUUUCUUGUCAGGCUAUGUGGCGAUGGAGUUGUUUGAUGAAGCAAUUGAAGUCAUUAGAUUUAUGAUCGAGCACAAUUGCAGACCCAAUGAACUAACUUACAAGAUUGUAGUUGAUGGUUAUUGUAAAGCAGGGAAGCAUGAGCAAGCUAUGGACUUUGUGUCUAAGAUUAAGGAGAUUGAUAUCUCUUUUGAUGAUCGUUCUGUAAAAAGACUAGGUUCUUGUAUUAGGGAGAGAAUGGGGUCUGUUUUGUGAACUAUUCUUUUCGGCUUCCUUUUUCUUUAAUUUUUUAUAUAUACAUAUAGUUACUUCCUCAGC